CGCCAUGGCGACCACCGUCACUACUCAGCGGGGCCCGGUGUAUGUUGGUGAGCUUCCUCAAGAUUUUCUUCGCAUUACCCCAACCCAGCAGCAACAGCAAAUCCAGCUGGAUGCCCAGGCAGCUCAGCAGCUACAGUAUGGAGGACCAAUGGGUACAGUAGGCAGACUCAGCAUUACUGUUGUACAGGCAAAACUGGCAAAGAACUACGGAAUGACCCGCAUGGAUCCAUACUGUCGAAUACGGCUGGGGUAUGCUGUGUAUGAAACUCCAACAGCACAUAAUGGAGCCAAGAACCCCCGCUGGAACAAAGUUAUUCAGUGCACUGUUCCCCCGGGUGUGGAUUCUUUUUAUCUAGAGAUAUUUGAUGAGCGGGCCUUUUCAAUGGAUGACCGUAUUGCUUGGACGCACAUUACAAUUCCUGAGUCUCUGAAACAAGGAAAUGUGGAGGAUGAAUGGUAUAGCCUGAGCGGAAGGCAGGGUGAUGACAAGGAAGGAAUGAUUAAUCUGGUUAUGUCGUACACGUCUUUGCCGGCUGCCAUGAUGAUGCAGCCCCAGCCAGUGGUCCUGAUGCCCACUGUAUAUCAGCAAGGAGUUGGAUAUGUGCCUAUAGCAGGGCUUGAGUACUUUGCUCUGGCUUCAAGCAGCUUGGAGCCAAAGCCAGCUGUAUAA